CAAUGCUUCUCAUAUUCUGAUUGGUUAAACCUCUUUCGAACUGCUUCUUAGACGAAUUGUAUUUUUGUUCCUGUGUCAAAAAGACUGCUAGCUGAUAACAGGCUACGGUAGCCGUCUGUGGCAGUUAGCUAUCGAGCAAACCAACUUUAUCAGACGAAAUUGACAACACAUUGGGCUUUAAGACUUUUAAACGGCACAUUUCAUCUGAGGACAACAUCGGAUAGCAGUUUCACAAAGGAAAGCUCAGGAGAAUAGCUAGAUAUCUUAAUUACUCAACAAGCCCAUCGCUAGCUUAGCCUGGUUUGGUAGCAACUCUAGCAAGCCGACCGACAUUACAGUGAGAAAUUGGUUUUGACAACUUGUAAAUUCUUGAAACGUCUUGCUAUAUUUUGCAGUCUUGAUUGAUUGCAACUUUUAGAUUCGUUAUCGGUGGUUUUCGUCGGUCUCGUUGUGGAUCACCGGAUCAGUCUCGUCGGCCGGUUGGGUAGCCAAGUUUUCUCAUUUGAGACAAAUUUGCUGGCUAUUAUAAAACCCCACACAGCUGGAAAUGAAUUCAAACGUGGAGAACUUACCGCCUCAAGUGUUGCGACUCGUCUAUAAAGAGGUUUCUGCCUUGGCAGCAGACCCUCCAGAGGGGAUUAAAAUCUACCCCAGUGAAGAGGAUAUCACAGAGCUGCACACUGCCAUUGAGGGCCCAGAAGGAACUCCAUAUGCGGGAGGGGUGUUCCGGAUGCGUUUGGUCCUUGGGAAGGAUUUUCCUGCUGCACCUCCCAGAGGCUAUUUCCUCACAAAGAUUUUCCAUCCUAAUGUUGGGCACAAGGGUGAGAUCUGUGUCAAUGUGCUGAAAAGAGACUGGAAGGCAGAGCUGGGCCUGAGACAUGUAUUGCUAACAAUCAAGUGCCUUCUGAUCCAUCCUAACCCAGAGUCGGCCCUGAACGAAGAGGCUGGGAGGUUACUUUUGGAGGACUAUAAGGAGUAUGCGUCCCGUGCUCACCUUCUAACAGAGAUCCAUGCUAUGGGAGGCACGUCAGGGGCCCCUCAAGAGCCUGCUGAUGGACCCCAACCCAAAAAGCAUGCAGGAGACCCAAACAAACGUGUAGCCGGGGCUGGUUUGGUAACAAAUGGUGUUGCCGCCAACAAUUUAAGUAACAGCAGCUCCAGCGGCACGAGCAGUAGCAAUACCAGUAUAGUUGCAAAGAAGAAAACGGAUAAAAAACGAGCUCUGAGGCGGCUAUAAGAGAGAAUGAAUCUGUGUUUUUUGUGUACAUAUAAAUAUUGAAGUGUGCAGACCACCUUUUCUCCUCCUUAAUCUGUCUUACCAUUUUUUUAGGAUAACACAUUCAUUUUGUCAUGCUCCUACCAGAUCACUCCUUUCGUUUUUGUUCCCUUGUCUCUUUCAACUUGCUCUCAGGACUUGAACUGUCUUUGACAAUUCUCUUUGUUUCGUUCACAAAAGGGGUUUUCAUCUGUGUUUCAGAGGUUUUACAAUUGUUUAGAGUAUGAAAACGGUAGUAAAAGUUGACACAGUUCAUUUGUGGCCUCUAGAGUUAUCAUGACUCUAAGCAGGAUUUUGGUGUGUACUGUCAGCACAGAAUUUAUUAUAUAUUUAGAUUGCAGGUGUGAUGGGACAAUUACUGUAAUGCUGUUCUGUUGUAGUUGGACUGAACCCAUUAAGGUGUUUUUUUUUUUUUUUUUUUUUCCUCCCCCAGGGGUUUAAUGAAGAAUAGUACAUUGCACAGAAUAUGACCGUUGUCUGAGUUUGUGGUGAAAGAGAUCAGGAAUAACAGAGAGGGAGUUAAAAUGUGGUCUGAAUAUUAGUCAUAUGAAUAUUACGUUUGUUUGUUGAAUUAUUUUUUUUUUAUGUGUGUGGUAUUAUUUUAAUUGUUUCCAGUUUUUACUAAAUUUGUCUGUUCAUUUCUAUUUUGUAGUUCACUUUUCAAAAGGCCUUUUUCCAUUUUUAAGUGAACGGCUAUAUUUCCCUGACACUGAUGCUUGAGAUUGAGUCCUUAAAGCCUUUAGGCCAGUCAGGGUAGAGCAAUGGGGCUAAUAGUUAAUCAUGAAAUAUGAGCCAGAAGUGUUCAGUCUCAUCUUUGAAAUGAAGUAGUUUGGUUAUACUUUUCAAUAAGAACAUUAAUUCCUUUUAUAUGACCACAGCUGCAAUUUUCUCUGGCUCUACUGGUCUCUCAAUCAAAAGGCUGUUAAGGAAUCUUCUCUGGUAGUCUGUUGUUGCCCGUUGUUACAUUAUAUGGGGCCUUCAGUUCCCAAAGAUACUCUCUAACAAAGUGAUAUGAACUUUGGACAAGAUGUGUUUGCAGAAACAGUUUGCCCAUAUUUAAAAGUUUGUGGAUAAACAAUAGGGCAUUUUGUGGCCAUUAUUUAAGUUAUUUAAAUUAAUAAGAAAUAAAGGAAUUUUAGGGAGCAAUUUGAUUCUUCCUUUUAUUUAUUAAAGAAAAGCUGUGUUAGUCUAUAUUUGUUCUGUUCUUGUGUGUGUUUGUUGGACAAUUGAAACUGGGGAAGGAAAUUAGUUUAUCUUUGACUUGGUUUUUCUUUUUCAAUUAAUUUGCCAGUUAAGGGAAUAGUUUACACAGAAAUGAAAAUUUACUCCGCUUCAGGUCAUCCAAGAUAUAAAUGACUUUAUUUCUUCAAAAUAGGUUUUGAGAAUUGUAGCAUUACAUGACUUGUUCACCAAUGAUUCCAGUGGAGUGAAUGGGUGCCGUCAGAAGGAGAUUCCAAAUAGCUAACAAAACAAUUAUUCCAAAAAAGUGAAAAGUUUGUAAAAAAGAGAAAUCAAUAAGAUUCUAAUUUAAAAUCAUCAUUUCUUGCUAAAAUAUGCGUUCUUUAUCCAUAACAUUGCUUUCUGCAGUUAAAGCAGUCUUGUCUGAAUCAGGAGAGAAAUAUGCACUAGUCAAGUGAAAAUGGUAAAUAAAAAUAAAACAAUUUUUUUCAUUGCUUCACAAGAUGUUAAUUGAUAGACUGGGGUUGUGCGGGUU